AUGGAUCCAGGUCUGGAAUGGGAACGUACGAGCAGAGCUGCGGUGAAGACUGCAACCAACUUCGGCAAGUUGGUAAUCGAUCAAUGCAUUUCUCUCUACGGAGGAUCGUUAAUUCGGCUUGUCUCGCUGAAUAGAAACGAUUUUGGCUUGAAGGCAGCAUGCCACAGAAUUCACGAUGUUGGAAUCCUCUUGAAGAAUGUAGGGUUCGAUUUCAAGUGUUUGCCACAAGCGCGAGCGGCAGGGUUCCCUGUCUCCACAGAACCGUUUCUUCUAGGGUAUCUUGACCUCGCCAAAAUGUUAAAUGAAGCCGGUGGCCGUAAAAGCGGCGCUUUGAUUUUUAAGUGGCGAGUUUUCGAGUUCUUGUUGUCCAGUCAUGAAUUUCGGAGAUAUACCUUGUAG